CUGGAUGUAUCUGAGAGGAGAAUUAAUCCCAGUGGCUCCUUCCCUUACAUAGCCAGGAACGCGUUUUUUGACGAGAAAUGCUCCAAGCUUCAAGGGAGGUGCGUGAAUUCUUGUCAGAAAAAUGAAGAACUUGUUGCUCUCUGCCAGAAGUCUCUGAAAUGCUGCCUGACCCUCCAGCCAUGUUGGAAGAAUACAAAUGAUAAAUCUGAAGUCUCUGGCAUUCCAGAGUGACAUAAAUGACCUCAUUUUGUCUUCUUUUUACUCUGGUCCCUUCAGUGAGAAGACACCUCAAUAAAA